UCGAAUUUCCCUCGCAAACGUAUCGACCGCAGCCAGCUGCGGUCGCCGCAACAAACCAGCAGGCCUUGGCAAUACAAACAAUAACAAAACAAAACGCUGUCGUCACGUUUUUUAUCCAAACUCCCUCAAAUUUAUUUUGUUUUUCACCAGGACACGACGGGCCAUGUUGCCUGGUCACAUUUUACUGAGAACAGGGAAUUUCGCGACAGUGUUUCAUCGGAUGGUACAAUGACGAUUUGAAUUCAAAUUCAAUAGAAAGAUUGUUAAAUGAGUGCGGAAAACGUUCUUGACGGCAACUUUAGAAAUAUCCUUCAUGAGUAUGAAAACGUUAUAGAUGAACUACAACAUGAAUUGGAAUAUGUUAAGAGCGAACAUCACGUCGUCAAAUCGAAAAUAUGUGACUUAACUAACGAAAAUAGAGCCCUAAAUAAACAAUGUAAUGAUAUUCUUAGUGAAAAAAUUAAUUUUGUGCACAAAGAAAAUGAUAUUGUUGAAAGUUUAAGACAGCAAAUUAAUGUAUUAACCAAUGAAAAAGAUUAUUCCACACAGUUAUGGCAAAAUGCUAUGAAAACUAUAGAUUCUCUUGAAGAGGAUCUAAAAUAUUACCAAAGUGGUUUGGAAGGAUUUGUACCCAAAAAUGAAAUAUCAAAAAUAAAACAUUCUUAUGAAGAACAAGUCAAAAACUUAUCCAAUGAACUACUUUUCACAAGGGAAAAGUUAAAUAAUUUAUCUAAAUCAACUUCAAAUCAAAUAAUAUCAGAAUUUUCCAAAAUAGACAAAUCUCAUCAAGUCCAAGAAAACUCCUUUAAAAUCAUUAAAAAUCUUGAAGAGGAAAUACUGAAUUUGCAGCAAAGAUUGCAGGAGUGUCUUAAUGUAAAUAAAAAUCAAGAAAAAAAACUUAAAGAGCAAGAUAGACAAAUUAUUUUGGCGACCAAGAAAAAUGAAGAAUACAUUGUUAAAAUCAUGGAAUCCAUACAAAUUGUUGAAGCUGCUCUGGUAGAAAAGGAUGGAGCAUUAUAUAGGGAAAAAGAAUAUAAAAGUAAAAUAUUGGAAUUAAAUGAUUUACUAAACGACUACAUGAAAGAAUCCCAAGAAAAAUUACUAAAAGAAACAGCAGAAAUAAGACAAGAAUAUAACAAAAAAAUUCUGGAAAUGGAACAAGAAUUAAAAGAUUCCCAAAAUGACUUGAAAAUAAAAGCGUUUGAAAUAGAAAAGCUGUCAGGAAAAUGUAGCAUAUUGGAAUGCGAAAUAGAAAGAGUUCUCAAAGGAAAUACUCACAUAGAUGAAAGCGGUACGUCAAAAUUACUGGUGUUGGAGAAAAAUUUAGAAACAACUUUUCAGAAAUUGUUAAUUUCUGAAAAACAAAAUAUUUCCCUGGUUUCUCAGAGGGAUGCGAUAAAAAACGACAUGGAGGAAAUGACGAGUCAUUUUGAAAGGGACAUAAAAACGAGGGAAAUUGAGAAGUUAGGAAUGCAGCAAAAAAUUAAGCAACUUCAAAAUGAAUUGGGCGAAGUAAAUGAAAACUACUGCAAGGAAUGUAAAAAAAAUGAACUGUUGAAUAACAAAAUAGUACAUAUGGAGAAGGGGUUUAAUGAAAAUAUAGAAACUAAAGAAAAGUGUUUAUUAAAUAGCCAUUCAGUUAAAAUCAGUGAAUUACAUAAAACAUACAAUGAAAAAUUGGACAACUUGAAAUUACAAAUGGAUUUACAACGAGACGUGAACGAAAAAUGGAAAACCGAAUAUAAAAAUUUUACCCGGAGUUUCGAAGAUGUUAUUACAAAACAAAAAGAAGAAAUAAAAAAAUUAAAAAAAGAAAAUAAAAAACUAAUUUCAAAGCUGAAGGCAUCAAAUAAGGAAGUUACAGAGUAUAAAUCAUUUUUGAAUGUUUUAUCUAAGGAUGCAUCUAAUUUAACUCAAAAUGCUGUUAAAUAACGUUAAAUUAAGUUUUUGUCUAUUAAAAAUGUAUUAAAAUUU